GCCUUCACAUGUUCCACCUGCUGAAGCUGCUGGAGUUAUUGCUGCUUUGAAGGACAAAAGUGUUGAUGAGUUGCGAAAAAUUUCGUCCGAGAAAGAUGCUUAUCAACGGUUUUUACAGUCGCUUGAACAGGUCAAGAUUCAAAAUAAUCUGAAAGAUGAACUAUGCAAGGAGAAUAUGCUGCUUGUUGAUGAAAAUCUACAAAAGGAACCUCGUGUUUUGGAACUAAAAAAUCAGUGUAGAAUCAUUCGGACAAGUGAACUAGCUGCUGCACAAGAGAAACUAAAGGAGCUUGAGAAACAGAAAGAAGAAAUGUUGAAGUUGAGUUCCCUACCAUUCCUUCUUCAUAGGAUUCAAGGGGCUAUGAACAAGACUGAAGAAGAAUCAGAAAAUCUGCACCAACAAUUACUUGAUAAAGAGAUUGAUCUUGGAGCUUUUCUGCAGAAAUACAAGAAGCUACGUAUUGCUUAUCACAGUAAAAAUCUGAUACAUCUUGCAGCUAGAACAUCAAAUAUUUGAGAACCAAAUUAUGAAAUAUAGAACUUGAGAAUGUAACUCCUUGUUUGUCAAAAGUACAGAAAUCAAUAAUCUCUGGUUACAUACGUCUAUGUUCUUUCUUUAAUCUUA